AUGUCGAAACAAUAUUUGACCACGCACACCGUGGAUAACGCCCACCUCACGGACAUUUACUCCAUCGCCGCAACACCCAAGGCUGUCAUAUCAGCCAGUGGCUCUUCGACGCUGCAUAUUCACGAUACUACUGAUCCCUCGAUUCCUCUCAAGCAGUCCAUCCCUGAUGCCCACAAGCUAGGGUGUCACCAUAUUUGCACCUCGCGCAGCGGAAAUGUUGCAGCCAGCGCUGGCUUUGGGGGUGAGCUGAAGAUUUGGCAACUGAACAAGGAUACCGGUGAAUGGAGCCUUGAUGGCGAGGUCACAGGCCCUUCAGCGAAGCCUGGCGAGAUCUGGGCGUUGGCCUUGAGCGAGGACGGCGCCUAUCUUGCGACGACAACCAAUGAUGGGCGAGUCAACGUUUGGGACAUCACCGGCGAGGAGAAGACCAAGAUCCGGGAGUUUGACACUGGAAGCGGUGGCUCGGGCAGCUUUGGCAUGUCCGUAGACUUGAGCCGGGAUGGCAAAUACACUGCCAGCGGCCACCAGGACGGGUCUGUCUACAUCUUCAACAACAACACAGGCAGAAUUCUGUAUUCGCUCUCCGGACUUGCGAAGCCCGUGCGAGCGGUUGCCUUCUCACCAGGCAGUACUCGUCUUGCCGCCGCUGGAGAUGCUGGUAUUAUCGCACUCUACGACCUGGAGCAUGGCGAACAUGCUGCCAACUUGACAGGUCACACUUCAUGGAUCAUGACCCUUGACUGGAGCGACACUGGCGAGUACCUGCUGAGUGGAUCCAUGGAUGGCAAGGCCAAGGUAUGGUCAAUCGAGCGCAGGGCUUGUGUGGCCACGCACAGCGAAACGAACAAGGCAUUGUGGUCGGUCAAGUGGCUACCGAAGACCACAAGGAGCGAGAUGUUUUGCACAGCGGGCGCCAACAGGAGCCUGUCUUUCUACCGUGAGGCUACUGGUGGUUGA